CCCACCAUGAGAGCAGCCACCAUCUUAACCGUCGUCGUCGUCCUGGCGACUUGUCUCCUGAGGAGCAGUGAGGCGGUGACCUGUACCGCCGACCCCACCGACGCUAACUGCAUUGACUGCAGCACCAAUCCGACGAACGCAGAAUGCGAGACCACCACAACCACAGUGGCGCCCACUACUACUGUGGCGGAAACAACCACUGUGACGACCACCACCGUAUCCUCUUCCAGAAAGCGGAAAAUCGUGCGCCUGAGCAACAUGCGCUACACCGCCGUCCGUCGCAUCCGCGUCAAUAGGAACUCGUCGAGGAGCAGCACCAUUCGCACCACCCUCCGCAACCGGAGGCGCAGGAACAAUUCCAGGCGUGUCAACGUGAGAAGGGGAAACGUUCGCAUCAUAGUCGGCUAGAAACAUUCCCACUCCAAUAAAAUUAUGAAGAAAACAAUUUCUUCAAAUUCUUUGCCCAAAUUUGGGAAUAUUUUAGGGGACAUAUGAGUCUGCUACACUAGUUUAUUAGAAUUUGCCUUGCAUUAAACAUAGUUUUAUUUAUAAGCUGAAUAAGAAACAUCGGCAAGCCG